GUCAAAUCCUAUGUGCGUUUUGUUAGAUAUGUACUGUAUGUACACUGUUUGUAUAUUUCUUAAAAACUUGAUAAAGUAUCUUUUGUUUACCUGUUUCUUAAACAUACCGAGGAAUUUAUAAUGAGUGACGAUGAUCGAGACAUCGACAUUGAGAGCGAUGAAGGUGACGAUUCCGAUUCUAGGCAGAGGCAUUCAAACAAUACCCAAUAUUAUUCUCAAGCAGAAAAGCGGGCACACCAUAAUGCACUGGAACGGAAACGUCGGGAUCACAUUAAAGAUAGUUUCUCUAGCCUUAGAGACUCUGUACCUGCAUUGCAAGGAGAAAAGGUUGCAAGUAGGGCACAAAUUCUCAAGAAAGCUGCUGAGUAUAUACAGUUUAUGCGACGCAAGAAUUCCUCCCAUCAACAGGAUAUUGAUGACUUGAAACGCCAGAAUAAUCUCUUGGAGUCUCAAAUUAGGGCACUUGAGAAAGCAAAGAUAACAGGCAAUUUUGCUGCUGAAACUUGCGAAGUCACAAAGUCAGAAGGUGUACCAAUGCCUGGAUACAAUGACACAGAGUCUGAAUCAUCAGACAGUGAAACUAGCAGGACAGUUCGUCAAUCAAAAAAACUGAAAGUCGGAGGCCUCCACCAUUGACCAAUGGUUUGAUAUAAUUUUUGUUUUGUCAAAAAUUUAUUUUUUCGUUACUACUAAACUUCAUAUAAAUAUUUAUUUGUAUAAGAUGAAGACACUUACUCACUGAAUGGAGUCUUUGAGUGGAAUCUUAAAUAUCUUAAAACCGGUGUACAAAAUAUUGUAAAAAUUAUAAGUAAUACUAUUGCUUCAUUUAAAAAUAUAUUAAUUAAUACAUUACGAACACUUUGGAAUAGAUUCUUAAAAUUUGUUAAAAAAUUGGAAUUAUUUUAUUUAUGAAGAUAGUUGUUUAAUAUAAAGUAAAUAAUAUAUUGUGAGGUAUUUUGGCUUAUACUUAUCAAUUGAUAAACUAAUUGAAUUUAAUUAAGGUUGUGUAUUAGUAACCACUUUGUCAAUACAAAUUCAAGCAAUACAUUUCCUUGAAUAUAUAAUCUCUUUAUAAAAGAGUUUCGAUUUUAAAUCUUUCCUUUGUUUUUUUAUAAUUCUUAAUUUAUUUAUCCAAGAUUGCUUAUCAUAAUUAUUGUAUUGUUGGUUUAUCAAAGAAUCUGAAAAUACUAAAUAUAUGCUCAAUUGUAAAAUUUAUGAAAAUUUUGGAUUUAUUUAUCGUUUGGAGAAGAAUUUAAUAAUUAUAUAGAUAAAAUUUUUAUUACUAGAAGAAAAUAUAUUGAAAUAUAUAGAGAUAUAGAAAUAAAUAUAUUAGAAAAUAUAUUAUAAAAAGAAUUACUCAAUUUUAAUCACUUUUUAACCUUUUACAUAUAUGUCUAUAUGAUACAAAGUAAGUAUUGAUAAUGGUAUAUGUUUAUUUCAAUUAGAGUAGUUUUUUAAGAAAAAUGUUUCUUCCUUUUGAACUUUAUAGAAGUCUUUGUAAAUAGAUGAUAAGUAUUAUAUCAAAUCAGUAGAGUAAUAUUCUUUUAGCAGGAAAUAUUGUACUCUAUAAUAUUAAGAAAUACGAAAUUUAUUUUAUAAAUUAUGAAGAAUUUAUUAAAAUCGAAUGUAAAAUUAUUACACUCUUAUAAUCAGUAGAAAUAAAGAUCAUUUGUGAAAUACAUUUUA